CAGUCUUACUCCAGGCAGGAAGUCGAGAACGCCAUUUUCAACAUUUUGAAGUCUGAGAUUUCCAUAGUUUCGUCCUUAAGUUAGCAACUAUUGUAGAGUUCAUGUACCCUGUUGGGCAGCUGGUACAUUAAAAAGAGUUUUGCCCAUAGCCAUUGGCAAAGGAAUGACAAAAGCACCUGGUCCUCCUGGCCCCCCCGGCCCACCUACGGGUCCGGGGGGACCCCCAGGACCAGCUGGUCCCCCGGUGCCCCGCCCCUUGACGUUACCUCCUGGGCCUACUCCUGCCCCAGGACCAAUCACCACAAUUGUGCCACAAGCUGCUGGUACACCUGCAGUGGCCACUGGAACUGGCAUUACUGCACUUUUACCACCAGAGCUACCAACAUUUGUAGCACCAAGGCGGCCUAACCUUGGCCGUGAAGGGCGGCCAAUCACUUUACGGGCCAACCACUUCCAAAUAUCUAUGCCCAGAGGCUACAUUCACCACUACGAUGUAAGCAUUCAACCUGAUAAGUGCCCCCGGAAAGUCAACAGAGAGAUUAUUGAAACGAUGGUCCAUGCCUUUCCUAGAAUCUUUGGCAGCUUAAAGCCUGUCUUUGAUGGUAGAAGUAAUUUGUAUACAAGAGAUCCUCUACCUAUUGGUAAUGAGAAGAUGGAAUUAGAGGUAACAUUACCCGGGGAGGGACGAGACAGAGUCUUCAAAGUAGCAAUGAAGUGGUUAGCACAAGUAAAUCUUUACACCCUGGAAGAAGCUCUUGAAGGGCGUACUCGAACAAUACCUUACGAUGCCAUACAGGCUUUAGAUGUAGUCAUGCGCCACUUGCCAUCUAUGACUUAUACCCCUGUUGGAAGGUCAUUUUUCUCUGCCCCGGAUGGUUACUACCACCCGUUAGGUGGUGGUCGGGAGGUGUGGUUUGGAUUUCACCAAAGUGUACGACCAUCUCAGUGGAAGAUGAUGCUCAAUAUUGAUGUAUCUGCAACAGCGUUUUACAAAGCUCAAGCGGUAAUAGAAUUUAUGUGUGAAGUGUUGGAUAUACGAGAAAUUGGUGAACAACGUAAACCUCUAACAGAUUCUCAACGUGUAAAGUUCACUAAGGAAAUUAAGGGAUUAAAGAUUGAAAUUACUCACUGUGGUGCAAUGCGAAGAAAAUACCGUGUGUGCAAUGUUACCAGAAGACCUGCUCAAAUGCAGUCGUUUCCACUUCAGCUUGAAAAUGGACAAACUGUUGAGUGCACUGUAGCUAAAUAUUUCCUUGACAAAUACAAAAUGAAACUCAGGUUCCCACAUUUGCCCUGCCUUCAGGUGGGUCAAGAACACAAACAUACGUACCUUCCUCUGGAAGUCUGUAACAUUGUUCCUGGUCAGCGAUGCAUUAAGAAGCUUACUGAUAUGCAGACUUCGACCAUGAUCAAGGCUACAGCAAGAUCAGCUCCAGAUAGAGAGAGAGAGAUUAAUAACUUAGUUCGAAAAGCAGAUUUCAAUAAUGAUCCAUACAUGCAAGAAUUUGGUUUAACAAUCAGCACAGCAAUGAUGGAGGUGCGUGGACGGGUGCUUCCACCUCCAAAGUUACAGUAUGGAGGGCGAACUAAGCAGCAGGCAUUGCCAAACCAAGGAGUGUGGGACAUGAGGGGAAAGCAAUUCUUCACUGGGGUGGAAGUUAGAGUGUGGGCAGUUGCAUGCUUUGCCCCACAACGAACAGUUAGAGAGGAUGCUUUACGUAAUUUUACUCAACAGCUACAGAAAAUAAGUAAUGAUGCUGGAAUGCCUAUUAUUGGUCAGCCAUGUUUUUGCAAGUAUGCCAAUGGACCUGACCAGGUAGAGCCAAUGUUUCGGUAUCUCAAGAGUACUUUCACUGGUCUUCAGCUGGUAUGUGUAGUACUUCCUGGGAAGACCCCAGUCUAUGCUGAAGUGAAGAGAGUGGGUGAUACUGUUUUGGGUAUGGCAACUCAAUGUGUACAAGCCAAAAAUGUUAACAAGACAUCACCUCAAACAUUAUCCAACCUCUGCCUCAAGAUCAAUGUCAAGUUAGGAGGCAUCAAUUCUAUUCUAGUCCCAGGCAUUAGACCUAAGGUGUUCAACGAGCCAGUAAUCUUCCUUGGUGCAGAUGUAACUCAUCCACCAGCAGGGGAUAACAAGAAACCGUCCAUUGCAGCUGUAGUAGGUUCUAUGGAUGCUCAUCCUUCUCGAUACGCCGCAACAGUCCGGGUCCAGCAGCACAGACAGAAUGGAUCAACAACACAAGGCCAAAGUGCCAGUGAUGGCUCGCGACCAAGACAACUGACAUUCGCGAGGACAGCACAUGACGAGGUUAUCCAAGAGUUAUCUUCUAUGGUCAAGGAGCUUCUUAUACAGUUCUACAAGUCUACACGAUUCAAGCCAAAUCGAAUUAUUCUUUAUCGUGAUGGCGUAAGUGAGGGUCAAUUCCAGACAGUGCUGCAGCAUGAAUUGACUGCCAUGAGAGAGGCAUGUAUUAAACUAGAGGCAGACUACAAACCUGGCAUCACUUACAUUGCUGUGCAGAAGCGUCAUCAUACAAGAUUGUUUUGUUCUGACAAGAAAGAGCAAAGUGGUAAAAGUGGUAAUAUCCCUGCUGGAACUACAGUUGAUGUAGGCAUCACACAUCCAACAGAAUUUGAUUUUUAUCUGUGUUCGCACCAAGGCAUCCAGGGCACUAGUCGUCCAAGCCACUAUCAUGUAUUGUGGGAUGAUAACCAUUUUGAUAGUGAUGAACUGCAGUGCCUGACCUACCAGCUGUGCCAUACAUAUGUUCGGUGUACUCGGUCAGUCUCCAUACCUGCCCCAGCUUAUUAUGCCCACUUGGUAGCCUUCAGAGCACGUUAUCAUCUCGUCGAGAAAGAGCAUGACAGUGGAGAAGGAUCUCACCAAUCUGGUAAUAGUGAGGACCGCACACCAUCAGCAAUGGCUCGAGCAGUGACAGUGCAUGUUGACACUAACAGGGUGAUGUACUUCGCUUAACUGUUUGUUCUACCUAGUCUGACUCAAGGUUCACAUCAUCAUUGUGCAAGAUGAAGUCACAUGGACUGAAUUGUGGACAAAUCACACUGAUUUACUUGUGGACAAGUCUUGUGUAUUCAUCUGCAGACAUACUCGUCGAUGCAUCUCUAUUGUGGUCAAUUUUGAAAAAUUAUUUAAUGAGUCUUGUUUGAUUUAGAUCUUCCAUAUAUAUGAAAGUUGUUCUAAGAUUACUUAAGUUUUUACCCGUGAAAUGAUUGUUAGAAAUCUCACUUUAACAUUUACAGUUUAUAUCUGCUACUUUUCCUUUAAAAAGUAGUUGUGUAUUUGAUACUUGAAUGACCAUAUUUAUUAUGAACUGACCUGAUUCAGUUAACCUGAAUCAAUUGUUGUCCCCAAUUUAGAUUUGGGUUUAGUAUUUUGGCGGCAUUCCUUCAAGAUAUUUGAAAUGGCAGAAGUUGUAGGCAAAGGUGUUGACCAUUACAGUUUGUUAUAGAUAUAAUGGAACAGGUUUAAUCCUACAUUACAAUUGGAAGUUACUAUUAACAUUUGUAAAUCUGUUAAGUCACAUGUUGGAUGAUUGUAAUGUAGGAAUCUUGUACCUGCAGCAAGUGGUGUAAUGGUUAUUAGAUUGUACCUGCUGAUGUACCUCAUGCCAGCAAUCAUGGUGGCUUACAUAUAAUAUGCGAUUUUAACAUGUUAAGUCACUGUAAACUAUUGCCAGAGUAACUUUAAAUGUGUGUUUUCAUUGCAUUGUGAUGCUGAAGAUGAAAAUAUAAGGAGUAACCCACGUUUUGUAUGUGUGCAUUCAUCUGGUGCACCAGGUCUCUCAAGUAUGUUACUGUAUAAAUAACUUGUGCACACUAAGCAGCAAUUAUGAGGCUUUUUUAUAUGUACUAUUGACAUCUAUUUUUCUGUGGUGAGAAAUAUAAUAGUACACGUAUCUUAAGCUUCAAAGUUACUGAACUCGAUGUAGUUGGUGUUAACGAAGCCAGGAAAUUCAAAGCCACUGUGACAUGGGUUUUUAAUUAUUUAAGGUAAAAGACUCCUGCAGUCAAGUUUUUACUGCCAUUUUUUUUUUAUGGAGGGCCAGGAAACCCUCACACAUAUGUACCUUCAUUUCGGAGGUGGUGCUGUGAUCUCCCCAGGAUACGGGGUGAAUACUGUUUAGAAAAAAAAAUAUUAUUUUGUAAAUUUUAGACAGAGUUUCUCCUAGUGGCAUUUUUUAAUACAGAUCUAAUUGUCACUAAAAAAAAAAUCCAUGUUGAAAUCUGACUUGAUUAUAAUCUUCAUAGCAUUAUUUACCCCCACCCCAUCCUCCCCCAUCACCAACACCUGGUAUUACCUGUGUACUUCCUAGUCUUGGCCAGAACUGCAGGUUUUUGCUUCCAGUGUGAUGUAGGCAUUGUAUUAUUGUAUUUGCAUUACAUUUUAUUUGCAUAUUUGCAAAAACGUCUUUGUGUAUUUUACGUUAUUCACACAUGGCUUACCAUCAAACUGCAGGUAAAUCUCGACAGUACUGGUCUGAAACCCUAACAUGCAUAAAUGUCACAGAUAUGUAUUAGGCACUAGUUUCCUAUCAGGACAAUAUGUGACAGCAUGUUUUGGUUCAAGCAACUGAACUUAACAAUUCACAAAGAGCAGCCUGGGCUUGGGUGCCAUAUAAUUAUAAUACAGCUCAUGUGAUGCCAUGAGGCAAGGUGCAGCUACAUUCUAAUGCAGCAGUAAAUGGCAACUCUACUCAACAAGAUCAGAUGCAGAAUCCCAGUCUUCCUGAAUGUAGUUACCAAAGCCCACAAGUAGUAAAAAUGCAGAGUAGAGUUAACUUUGUCUUACACAAAUUAAUUUAAUAUGAAGUUAUUGGGUCCAUUAAUUAAAGUAUUUUAGAGGUUUUGUAUGCAUUUGAGAUGUAAUCUGCAUAAAAAUGCAGUAAGAAUAACAUGCUGGGCAUGUGAGUUCAAACUUAAUGUUUUACAGGGAGAUCAAAGCUAUGUAAUAUGAAGUGCAAGGCAAUUGAGCACUUCCCUCAAGAUUGGUAGUUCUAAAGACAGACUUUAUUGUUGUGAUGCUGCAUAAUUUAGAAAAAUACUUAACUUUCUUUGUUUCUUCAGCUAACCACAUUCCAUCCAUAUUGGAUGGGAGGAUUGGCAAUUUUAUCUGUAAAACUCUUGAAAUGUUUACAUAAAAAUUGGCUCCAUAGACAAAAAAAAAAAGUCAAUCUUUUCAGCAAGAGCUUUUGAAACUGGCAUAGUCAUACUAAUGUGAUGAUCAGUAUAGCUGCGUCCACUAAGGUCUGGUAGCAAGUCCUUACAGUGUUCAUUUGAAAUAUUUCGUCCAGGUAUUAUGGGGCUUAUCCGGGUUGUCUGGUUGGCAAUAAUCUAUAGCUACUGCCAUAUUUUAUUAUUAUUAUGAUUAUUCAGUUACUCAGAUGGUAAUGACACCUCUUUCAAUUGUUCAUUAAUUUUUAAGUAUACUUGCCAAAAUGACAUUACUUAAAUUUUAAAAGUGGUGUCUUUCAAUUUGUGUGGUGGAAACUAGCCUGCAGACUUAGCUCAAGAAUAUUAACACCCACAAAGAGAAAGUUAUACUAAAUUGGUUUGAUUCAAUGAGGUUUUGCACUAAAAAAAAAAUAAAAAAAAGGUAACCCGGACCCCAGUACCCUGAUAGUUUUAUAAAAGGGCAGUUCAGCUUCUUCCAACCUCUAUGCAACAGUAGUCAUAGAGAUUGUAGGGUUUUAAAAGUCUUCAAUAAGUCCCUUUCCUUCUCCAGUGCAGCAAAAUCAGUCAUUAUAUUAAAUGGGCCCCUUGCCAAUUCUCUCUCUUGCUUAAUUUUGUCACAAUAUUGUGAAGGUGAUAUCUGUGAGCUUGUGGGUAAUUAAUUAUAUAGUUUGCCUUUCUUUGUGGGAGAGUUCAUGUUUUGCAUUAGAUUUUGUGCUGCUCUCAAUAUUUUUUUUUGUUCUGGGUGUGACCAAAGAUUGAGGAUGCAGUUGUUACUUUGUACAUUAAAAGGUGUUUUUACAA